AUGGUCCGAGGACCGAAGCCUGAGAAUGCCAACCCAUCAUCCAUGUUAUGGUGUCGCGAAGACAAUCUUUUCAAGCGCAAUUAUCAGUUCGCCAAAGAGUCAGCUGCCAAGAACAAAAGGGAUUUUGGACUCAGCUUCAACCCUGGUCCGUCUGCUCCAAGGCAGGAUGGCACUCGCGAUGCCAAUCCGAAUGUCAUCGGUCCCUUCACUAGCUUCGAUGGGCUCCUCUCCCACAUUGCUGCUCAGAGGGCCACAGUGGAGCAAUCAGCUGAUGACGCAGACUCUGAAGAUGCGCCAGCUCCUCCGAAGCAGAAGAAAAAGAAGUCAAAAGCUUUGAAGCCCUCUGCCACACCAAAAGCUUCUACUAUGAAGCCGUUGAAAACUGCACCUCCUGAACCCAGUAGCAUCAGUAUUGAUGACCUUCAGCUCCCUGUGGACAUAAGCGUCACAUUCCAUGGGGCCAUUGCCAAUGAAUUGGCCUUGGCUCAGAAAAUCGUCGAGCUCAAGAACAAGAUUGAUCAUGAGAAGGCGCAUUUCAAGAAGCACAUGGCCAAGCUCAGUGUGGCUGAUGUGCAAAUCUUCAAGAAGAUGUUGCACGAUCUUAAGGAAGAGUUCCACAAGAAGAGGGAAGAAGCCAAAGGCUCUCGCGAGCGCAUGAAAUAUUAUGCGCAGAAGUGUGUUCAAGCUCACAAUGAAGCUGAAAAGAGAAAGGAUCUUGGGCGGCCUGGCAUCGACCCCAGGAUGGCUGCCAAGCAAAAGAAGAAGUCUGCUGCGGCCCAAACUGAAGCACCAAGGCAGGAAGAACCUCACAUUGUCUUCCUUGCCAGUAUGACUGGCUCGAAGCCUAAGGUCACCUCAGCAGCUUCAGAGCUGAAGAAAACAAGGGCAGCAGAAGCCGAAGCCAGGAAGCGUAAGCACAACGACACUUCUGAUAGUGCUCCAUCCAAGAAGAAAUUGAAGACAAAGUCUUCAAAGAAAGAUCGUGCUGCUACCCCAGAGCCCCUCAUUGUUGAACCUAUCUCCGUCGCUCUUCCUGCCUCGACCAACCAAGAGCAUCGUCUAGUGAUUCAUGAGCCUGCUUCCACAGAGGCUCAUGCAAGUGAAGAAGUUCCAGUAGCUGACCCCACCACAGCUGAAGACAUUGGUCAUGAAGACAAUGUUGAUGACGUAGUCCUUCCUCAGCUCCAGUCCCAGUCGGUAUCAUCGCCUGCUCUCACGAGCAGUGAACUCAUUAGCAUUGGUCGUCCACUGACGCCAAUUGCUCAAGAUGACUCAUGGGCGGAGCGCCAAUAG